UCUGUGCUUCAAAUACGUCAAGUCGUGCACUGUCAAGACAAAAAGUUAACACAUAAAUACGUGAGACGCUGUUCAGUCGUUGCUGUUCUCAGCUCAGAUUGCCUCAACACAGCUGAGAGAAGUCACAGACAUGUCUGUCCUGCAGGAGAUCAGCCCCAACGUGAAGAACAUCAAGCAGUCAGAGUAUGAAGUGCUGGCCAGUCGAGCAAGCCAGAUCGAGAAGGAGCUCAGUCAGGGAGUGAGGAAGCCCUACAAAGAGCUGAUUGACGUCUGCUGGUGUGAUCCACACAGUGUCGGCGUGAAGCCUCUGACAUUUGUCCGACAGGUUCUCGCAGCGUGUGUUUACCCUCAGCUUAUGAAGAGCCACGAGCUGCCGCUGGAUGUCAGGCAGAGGGCUCAGUGGCUGCUGGGGAGAUGUGAUGGAGGGAGCGUAGGUUCGUACAAUGCUCAGCCAUGUAUACCGGAAAUAAUAGAGAAAGUGUCUGAAUUCACAACAAGGCGAGACGGUGGCGUUCCAUCUUACCCUGAAAAUAUAUUCAUCUCCACCGGAUCACAGUGGGCGAUCAUGGACAUUCUAAAUGUCUUGGUCAACAGCGAGGCUUCACCCAAAACAGGUGUGCUAACUCCAGCGCCAUGCCACGUGACCAGCAUGAUGUCCAUCACGGCGCUGGGAGCAGCUGCCGUCCCCUACUACCUGACCGAGGAGCAGGGCUGGACGCUGCAGGUGGAGGAGCUACAGCGAGCGCUGGAGUCCGCAAAGGGAGUCUGUAACCCGGUCGCUCUGUAUGUCAUCAACCCUGGAAACCCAGCAGGUCUUGUUCAAAGCAGGAAAUCAAUGCAGGAAGUGAUCCGGUUUGCUUCAGAGAAGAGACUCUUCCUUCUGGCUGAUGAGGUCUAUCAGGACUUUGUUUACGGGGAAAACAGAGAGUUUGUCUCGUACAAAAGGGUUCUGGCCGAGAUGGGGCCUCCGUAUUCAGACACAGUGGAGCUGGUCUCCUUCCACUCAACAUCCAAAGGCUUCAUGGGAGAGUGUGGAAUGCGCGGCGGAUAUGUCGAGCUGGUAAACCUGGACCCCGCUGUUCAGAAGCACAUCUUCAAACUAAUAAGCAAAAGCAGCUGUACGCCCGUGCUGGCUCAGAUGGCCCUGGAUCUGAUGGUGAACCCUCCACAGCCAGGAGACCCCUCGUACCCCCUUUAUAAUCAGCAGACGCAACACAUCAAGAACAUGCUGGCUCAAAACGUGAAGACGACCCACGAGGUUCUCAACAGCCUGCCAGGUGUCAUCAGCCAGCCGGUGGAAGGAGGCGCGUUUGUGUUCCCCAGAGUGUUCCUCCCACCUAAAGCCAUUCAAAAAGCCGAAGAAGAAGGAAUGCAACCAGAUACCUUCUACUGCGUCCGACUACUCGAGGAGACGGGAGUUUUAUGCUGUCCUGGUUCAGAGUUCGAACAAAAGGAGGGCACCUACCACAUCAGAUUUUGCAUCACGGCUUCUCAGGACAUCGUGAAAGAAGUACUGAGACAUCUGACUACCUUCCACACAAAGUUUAUGAAGGACUUCUCCUGAACAACAAAAAAAAAGGACG